UGUGAGGCAUCCAGAAGCAGAAACCUUUCCCUACUGAGGCACCAUAUUAGGAAGUGAAAAGGGGGCUGAAGUGGGAACAAAAAGGGAGCUUUUGAGCAGUUGUAACUCUGCUGUUCCAGCAGCUAAAAAUACACCAGAAAAGCUUGAAGUGCAACCUGUUUUGGAGUAGCAAUCUGCAGCAGCAAGAGAGUGAAGCUUACAUUAGUUUUAGGCCUUCUUUUAAGUUUGUUUACACCACAUAUCACGGAACCUUUGCUGUUUAAAGUUGAUUUUCAUUUCUUGGCUAAGUGAAUUGGGAAAAUGCUCUUGAAGCAAUUCCAAGAUCACAUUUAAACAUUGUAAUAGUGCAAUUUCGUUUUCUUAGUGUGGAAGUGUGUCAAGGGGCUCCAAGUGUCACUUGCACUUUCACUUAGGGUCGUCUAACAUUUACAUUCUUGCAUCUUUAUUGCUUUCUUUAAUUUCUUGCUUAAUCUUUUUGUUUGUUUUUAAGUCUCCGUGGUAUAUAGGAUUGCAUAGCAUUUAGUCAACCUUUCUUUGGUUUAGGUUCAUUUCAUAACAUUUGAAAAGAAUUUGAAGAAUUUCUACUUAGAAACUAAGGUAAAGGAUAACUCUAAGGAAACUCUGGCUAAGGAAGAACUUGGUUUCUAAGCUUGUCCAUUUGUGACUCACCUCUUCUUCCUGGGAGCUACUUAGAAACAUCUUUUGCCUCUAGAAUCUCUUUAGAAAUUUUUUCACCAAAAACAAAGAAAGCUUGUGAAAAUCUUUUCACUCAUUACUUGUCAAAUAUUUUGAAAACUUUGUGAAAACCUUUGUUUCUUUGACAAGAAUGAGUCAAUCAAGUGUGCAAGGAAGUUUGAAACCCAAUAGUGAAAUGUCUUUAAGGGAAGAAUUUGAGCAAAGAUUUGAACAAAGGGAUAAAGAGAUUAGUGAGCUCAAAGAUAUGAUUAGUCAACUUUUGAUUAAUCAAGAUAAAAAAAAAGAGAGGUCUUCCCAUAGGAGAAGAGAAGAAUCAUCAUCUUCUCCAAGUGAAAUUGAGCAAAAUAGUAGUCAUCACAAUGAUGACCACUACCAAAUGCCUCCUAGAAGACAACAUAGAGUUAGAGAGCAUUACCCAAGAGAGCCUAAAAUUGAUCUUCCUUCCUUCCAUGGAAAAGAUGAUGUAGAAGAAUACCUAGAGUGGGAAAUGAAAGUUGAGCAACUGUUUGAGUGCCACCAAAUAGAUGAUGAAAGGAGAGUCACCAUGGCUUCUCUAAGCUUUCAAGGUUAUGCCUUAAUUUGGUGGACAGCCUUAGUCAAGGACCAUAGGCUAAGACACUUACCUCCCAUUAGGUAUUGGAAUGAAAUGAGAGCUGCCUUGAGGAGGAGGCAUGUACCAGCCUACUAUGAUAGGGAGAUAAUGGAUAAACUCCAUAAACUCCAACAAAGGAACAUGAGUGUUGAGGAAUAUAGACAAAAAAUGGAGUUACUCAUGUUGAGAGCUGGGAUAAGAGAAGAACCUAGGAUAACAAUAGCUAGGUUUCAAAGUGGACUUAACUAUGACAUAAGAGAUAGGGUUGAACUUAUACCCUACAAUGAUCUCAAUGAGUUAGUCCAACUUUGUGUGAGGGUAGAGCAACAACUAAAGAGGAAAAGCUCCACCAAGAAAGAUUAC